GUCUCUGACAUGAUCACGCCCAUUAAAUUAUCACUCACAAUACAUGUAGUGUGCUCGGUAUGGUGUGUAAAUUAGCCAGAUAGUGUUGACGAAAAUUAAAGUGUUCUCUGUUAGUAAAUGGGACAGUAAAUUUAGAUAUAUUGUGCAUGUUAGGCUCACUACUUAUUAUGCAUGUUACAGCUGCAUUUAUAGCCCUUUCAUAGAUAAGGCCCUAUGUGUUUAAUAAGCUAAAUAAGUUGUUAUAUAUAAUUUUUAGUCUGGGGAGUUUGGACGACUGUAAAAUGUAAAUAUGACCUUUUUUUUUGUUUGUUUCCAGCAAAGUCGUGGGAAGAAAUCAAUAUAAAGAGAAGCUUUUAAUUGUUCCAGAAUAAUCAGUUCAUUGUGGAUGUUAGAUAACAGGCAAGGGGAUUUUUUCCAUGUUUAAAAAUUUUUUUCAAGCAAGACAAACUUUUUGAAGAAUGAGAUCAGAUCGUAUCACAAGGCGAGGCACCUGCGAUGGCGAGACGCCAGCUUUCUUUUCAACAGCAGCCGAAGAAACCACAGGAGAUUCCUUCUUCAAGAGCCCAACGUGGUAUUCCAACGUCAUAAAUAGCAUUGGGAUACCUCAGCUGUUGCUGGUGCAUUAACUGAUCAGUAAAAGUAGAAAUGUUCUUUAUUUCUCAAAAUAUCAUAAAAUAAAUAGAAUAAACGACCUUGAAUGGUCUCUUGAGAUAUGAGGCUUUGGCAGUGUGACAGGGCUUUCUACAGCUUUGUAAAAAUACUGCCACAGGAGCGUAUGAAAGCAACAAUUAAACUUGACCUAGAGAAUCAUAGAUUACAGUAGAUAUGAAGCUAAUAUCUUAAGUUUUUGUAAUUCGAAAAAACAAAAAGUCACAUGACCACAAUAUGGCAGCAAUCUUAGGUCACAAACAAAAGUAAAGAAUGACAUUACUAUCCACAGCAUUGAAAAGAUGAAGAUGGCGUCUCAAAAGAUUUAUGAGAAAUUGUAUUAGCAGUCGUGUUAGUGGUGGUGACUGGGAAUACGUUACUCUUACAAGGAUGCAGAGUAAUAUGCCUAUUGUUUUCACUUGUUGAUAAACAAGAAUGAUGUUUCUUGAUGUCAGUACUCCUUUAUACUUUGUGUAAUUAAAUUUUUUUUUUAAAAAAACACCACAACACAAAGUUUGAGCAAAUACUGUAGUUGGAUUAAGUGUGGUAGUUUAAAUACAUGCCCCAAUUGCCUUCAAGAAGCUGAUCUGCCAUGUAAUUGGCUCCCUAUACCUCCACCAAUUACUGCUGGAAUGUUAAUUCCACUACAUAUCCUGAAGUGUAUAUUGGAGGUUUUCAAUUAUACAUUGUAAAAGCGGAUGGGCUGUGCAUAGACAGAUCAGCUUCUGAAAAAAAAAAAAAAAAAAAAAAAAGCAUUUUGGCAUCACGACUGUCACAUUAGGAUGAACACAAAUAUGUGGUGUUGAAAGUGGGAUUCCAGCACCUCCUGUCCAGAACAGGUACUACAGGUGCAAUUUUUUUUUGUUUUAACACUUUUUGGAGGAAAGGAAGAGGAUAGGAAAGAAAGAGAGGCAGCAACAGGGGGCAUCUGGGUGGAGGUGGUGGUCCCAUGUUCCAACUCAAUUUGGACCCCCAGACUAGGCAGCCAAACAGGCGCAGUGGAGGACUGAAGGGGCUCUCUUGUGCAGCGCAAGUGGAGAGUUUGGACAAAACUGGAAGGACUACCCCUACGGAGACCCCCGCUAUGAGGAGGCAUGGAAUCAGGGCCUGGUUGGGGAUGCUGCAUAAUGGUUCAGGGCUGUAUGCCAGACCCGGCUGUCGCCAAAGCCCAAGUGGGAGGAGCACGAACGUCAAUGUCCUACGCCCCAGUGGGAGGUGCCCGCCUCCACCAGCAGAGGAAGAGUGCCUGCUGUGUCCCCCUCCACCAGUGCGAUUGGGAGAAGCCCUGCCGCAGUCUCCAGUGCACGAGGAAGAAGCCCCACUGUCUCCAGCGCAUGAGAAAGAAACCCCGCUGUCUCCAGCACAAGAGGAGGACUACCUGCCGCUCCCACUACCAUCACCAGGGGGAGAAGUGGAGCUCCCGCUACCACCUUCUUGGCUGGGGGCUCCCCUCUCAGGUUGCCUCCCGAGGGUCCGCUGCUGCUGUCGCCAUACAAGGGUCUGCUGCUGUCGUCACCUCACGAGGGUCCGCACUUGUCAUUGCCUUCCGAGAGACUGGUCGUGCCUGCCCGGGAGGCCUUCACGCUACCGCCCGGGGAGGCCUGCACAGUGGGGAAGCCCUGUGGAAAAGCCCUGCACAUUAAUAGAGGGGACAGGGCAAAGCCCUGCUUGAAUAUGUGUUUAUUUAUCACAGGUGAAAUGUAUGGUUGGUUCAUUAUUUAAAGGAGAAUGUAUUGCUGUACGGGUGCAUAUUUGUAUGAAAACAUUAGUGUUUUGUUAUUGUUAGUAUUUGUUUGAAUGUAUUUUGUGUUGAUUUAAAAUUUAAAUGUUUUCCUUGUUAUUGUUUGGCAGCAUGGGUGGGGAAGCCCCAGCUACACAAAACAGAAGGUGACCAUCUCCAGAGUUAAUUCAUUGAUUAAUUUAUGGUUGAGAGAUGGUCACUCCUUGGUGGAGUGUUUUUGGAGUAGAGAACAAGAGCGAGACAGAAGAACAAAGUCAAAAGUACGCUUUGCACCCAAGUACUGCCUGUGCGUUUUCAGUUCCUGCUUCCGGCCUGACAUCAACCUCAGCCAUCCUGUUACACCAUUUAAUAGUUAUUAGAAACAA